UACGAUUCAAUGAUUCAGCUACAGACGAUAUUUUAGCGAAGUUUUCUCUAAAAUUACCGUCUAGUUUUUUAGUUAAAUUCUAUUUAGUAUGUACCAUAGGCUAGGAAUAACGUCUGGAGACUCACAAGAACGAUUUCAUUGAAUAGAACCAGUGGGAUGUCUCGAAGAGUAUACGAUCAACACGACCACUCACUAAUGCCAUAUUCUUUAUAAACGGAUAGGUUAUUGAGCCGACUGCUCUUUUACUUCAAAGUUAAGACACCAAAAGAUGUAUGAAAAGAGCACAAAUAGAGAAUAUAUUGAUGAUGAAAAGAUAUGGGAUGAGUCCCCACCACCACCUUACGAGUCAGACUUGUUUGGACAAAUUAAAGAAGCAAAAGAGUCUUCUGAAGGCUCAUUAGAUUUUUGUAAAAGAGUUGUACAGCUGUUUGCUGGAACAAUUGGAUGUACUGUAGUUUUAAGCCUGUUAAUGGCCCUGCCGAUGGCUAUGGUUAUUAUGGGUGCCAAGUACAAAGACGAAUGUCCAGUUGAACCCUUUAUUCCAAUUUAUCUCAUCGUCGGGGGAUCGUUUGGAAUGUUAAAAACAAUUAUUGUAUUAUGUCAAAGAGCAAGAAGUCACGAUGACUCUGAUUUAGAUAUAGACGAAGACCAAUCAAUGUCGAGUAAAUUUAUCGAUGGCGUUCUUAACUUAUUUCUAUUCACAUGGUUCAUCGCUGGAAAUAUCUGGGUCUACAGUAAAUAUAAACCCAAUCCUAGGCCUCCACCUGGAGAUGAACUCAAUUACUGCAAUCCAACUCUAUAUAUGUUCGCCUUCUGGGUAAUAACUGCRAGUUAUAUUCUUAUGGGGGCUAUAUGUUUUUGUAUCUGUUGCUUAGGAGUUUGCGCAAGCUGUACAGCAUUCUUCGUUACAGUCAAAGAUUAAUGUUUACCUUUCGAUUUUGACAAAAUAUUCAAACGUACGCUCUCGAGAGUGAAAUAUGGCCAUUUCGUGCGUUUAGUGUGAAUGGGAUGGGAUUGCGYGUAGUUCAAGGAACAAGUAGUUUUGAUAGAUUAAGGUGACCUAUACUUUUUUCUUGUUUAAAACAAGUAGCUUACAAUACAACCAAAUCCACGUACAUAGGAGCAUAAAAACUCCAACCUUAUUAUCUAGAGCAGUAUCAUUAUAUAAAGUUUUAUGCCGCAUUUGUUGGCAAAGUUGUAGAAAGAAGUUACGUUCCUCAUAUAUUUGUUAGGGAGGGGAGGGAGGGGGGCAAUUAACGGAUUAUUGCUCAUGCGUAAAGAUUGGAAUUAUUUUAAACAAAAUACAGAAUUAAUGAUAAUAUUCAAGGACAAAUAAAG